ACAUGUCACCAAUAAUUUCAUCCCUCAAAUCUUCUCCCAUUCCCCACACUCAUCAAAUCUUCUCCCAACUCCAAAAAUCUCCAUUUUUACAUCCCCAAUCCAUGGCUUCCAUGGCUACAUUCACAAACUUCUUACCCAAACAAACACCAUACCUCCCUCCCAUCUCCAAACCAACCCCUCUCAACUUCAACCACCUCCCAACACCAAAGGAAAACCACCUCAUCCAAAAACUCUACACCACCACUACCCGCCGCGCCAACGUCGUCGCCAAAUCUUCCGCUGCCGCUGCGGGUGUGGAGAAGGUGAGCCGCGACGAGAGGGUCCAGAAGGUCCACAACAUCGCGGAAUUCGACGAGGCUUUGAAGAAGGCCAAGAAUCGCCUCGUGGUGGUGGAGUAUGCCGCCAGCGACGUCGAGAACAGUGCCCAGAUCUACCCCUUCAUGGUGGAGCUCAGCCGAAGCUGCAGCGACGUCGACUUCCUCCUCGUCAUGGGCGACGAGUCUGAGGCCACGCGCGCCCUCUGCGCGCGCGAGAAGAUCGACCAGGUGCCGCACUUCACCUUCUACAAGAGCAUGGAGAAGAUCCACGAGGAGGAGGCGAUCGGUCCCGAGCAACUCGAAGGCGACGUCCUGUACUACGGGGACAGCCACUCGGCGGUGGUGCAGCUCCACUCGAGGGAGGACGUGGAGAAGCUGAUCGAGGAGCACAAGAGCGACGGGCAGCUGAUCGUGCUGGACGUGGGGCUGAAGCACUGCGGGCCGUGCGUGAAGGUGUACCCGACGGUGAUCAAGCUGUCGCGGUCGAUGAAGGGAUCGGUGGUGUUUGCGCGGAUGAACGGCGACGAGAACGACAGCUGCAUGCAGUUCUUGAGCGAGAUGGAGGUGGUGGAGGUGCCCACCUUCUUGUUUAUCAGAGAUGGGGUCAUUGCGGGUCGGUAUGUCGGGUCGGGUAAAGGGGAGCUUAUUGGGGAGGUUCUUAGAUACCAGGGAGUGAGGGUCACCUAUUGAUUGAUUCAAUCUUUGGAUGCAUACUCAAUUCAAAUAUUUUAUAGAUGUGGUCAGAUGAUUAUUGUAUAUCUGGUUUUGAUUGAAUAUUGAAUAAAUCAUAGUUUAUAAUUCUGAUUAUAAA